UUUAGUUCCGCUCUGCUCCCUGGUCUGAAGUGACAGCUGAGUUAGCGCAAUGUAUCGCUCUUUGAGAAACGUCCAGCGAUUUAACGGCCAACUCCAGGCGUUGCAGAGGAACCUAGCCAACACAAAGCACAGUCCUGCAGCAGGAGUCAUCUUCACAUCCUCCAGAAUGUCUUCAGAGUACAGAAUUGAGGCAGACACCUUUGGAGAGCUGAAGGUGCCAGUUGACAAGUAUUAUGGGGCUCAGACUGUCAGGUCCACCAUGAACUUCAAGAUCGGAGGACCGUCGGAGAGAAUGCCAAUCCAGGUGAUCAAAGCCUUUGGCAUUCUGAAGAGGGCUGCUGCAGAGGUCAACAAGGACUACGGACUGGACCCGAAGCUGGCUGAUGCCAUCGUGCAGGCUGCUGAUGAGGUGGCAGCUGGUAAGCUGGAUGACCACUUCCCUCUGGUGGUGUGGCAGACCGGGUCAGGAACUCAGUCCAACAUGAACGUUAACGAGGUGAUCAGCAACAGGGCCAUCGAGAUCCUCGGAGGGAAGCUGGGGAGCAAGGACCCUGUUCACCCCAACGACCACGUCAACAAAAGCCAGAGCUCCAACGAUACGUUCCCCACAGCCAUGCACAUCGCAGCAGCCAAAGAGGUCCACGAGGUUCUGCUGCCCGGUCUACAACACCUCCACGACGCCCUGCACUCCAAGGCUGUGGAGUUUAAAGACAUCAUCAAGAUCGGACGCACACACACACAGGAUGCUGUGCCGUUGUCUCUGGGACAGGAGUUCGGUGGGUACGUGCAGCAGGUAAAGUACAGUAUUGUGCGAGUGAAGACGGCCAUGCCCAGAAUAUAUGAGCUGGCAGCGGGAGGUACUGCCGUGGGCACAGGCCUCAACACACGCAUCGGCUUCGCUGAGAAAGUAGCAGCUACUGUCGCGUCUCUCACAGGUCUGCCUUUCGUGACGGCUCCCAACAAAUUUGAGGCUCUGGCGGCCCACGAUGCUCUGGUGGAGCUGAGCGGAGCGUUGAACACGGUGGCCGUCAGUAUGAUGAAGAUCGCCAACGAUAUCCGCUUCCUGGGGUCCGGGCCCCGCUCUGGCCUGGGAGAACUCUGUCUGCCUGAGAACGAGCCUGGUAGCAGCAUCAUGCCUGGUGAGUAAGUUACGGUCCG